AUCAGAUCAGGAUUAUUGGGGAUGUUUAUUAUUAACCCUUAAGGACACGAUGUAUAUUUACAUUCUGUGCCCCAUAUGGGACUUUGAGGUUUCUCCAAUCCAGGAUCCUCUGCUGAUAUCUUCUAUAUAAGAGAAAUCUCCUGGAUGACCCAUCAACCAUGGAGAGAGACAGGAACAAGAUGGCCGACAGGAUCAUAAACCUCACCCUACAGAUACUCUUCCGGCUUACUGGAGAGGAUUACACAGUAGUGAAGAAGUCCUCUAGUGGGCGCUGUCGGGCCCCUGUGUGUGAAGGAUGGGGAAGAACCCUGAGCCCAAUCCCGGGGCCCCCACCUCACUCCCUGAUACAUGAGGAAAUGGAUGAACAGAAGAUCCUAGAACUCAUCAACAAGAUGAUGGAGCUGCUGACUGGAGAGGUUCCUAUAAGGUGUCAGGACGUGGCGGUCUAUUUCUCCAUGGAGGAGUGGGAGUAUGUAGAAGGACACAAGGAUCAGUACAAGGAUCAGGUGAUGAUGGAGGAUCAGCAGCCCCUCACAUCACCAGUCAGAUCCAGUAAGAGAACAGCACCAGAGAGGUGUCCCCGUCCUCUUCUUCCACAGGAUGAUCAGGGUGAAGAUCUGAACAAUAUUAAUUCUCCAGAGACAGAUGUGAGCGGGGAUGAGCAGUAUAGGGAGGACAUUUCAACAGGGAAAGAUCUGAACAAUAUUAAGGCUACAGAUAUGAAGGAAGAAGAGACAGAUGUGAGCUGUGAUGAGCAGUAUAAGGAGGACAUUCUGACAGGAAAAGAUCUGAACAAUAUUAAUGCUACAGAUAUGAAGGAAGAAGAAGAGACAGAUGUGAGCGGUAAUGAGCAGUAUAAGGAGGACAUUUCAACAGGAAAAGAUUUGAACAAUAUUAAGGCUACAGAUAUGAAGGAAGAAGAGACAGAUGUAAGCUGUGAUGAGCAGUAUAAGGAGGACAUUCUGACAGGAAAAGAUCUGAACAAUAUUAAUGCGACAGAUAUGAAGGAAGAAGAGACAGAUGUGAGCGGUGAUGAGCAGUAUAAGGAGGACAUUCCUACAGGGAAAGAUCUGAACAAGAUUAAUGCUACAGAUAGGGAGGAAGAAGAAGAGACAGAUGUGAGUGGUGAUGAGCAGUAUAAGGAGGACGUUCCUACAGGUAACCGCCCAGAUUCUUGUAGCAGGAGAUCAGAGGAGAAUCUUAUAUCUUCAGAUUAUAAAGCAGAUGAUGAUAUCACACAAGAUACAUAUGAAGAACAUUCCAUUAUCCCAGAUACACCCUCAGCCCUUCACAGCCAAGAUCUGUCAUCUCAUCCUUAUAUACAGGUCCUGUCUUCUCAGUCAUCACAGGAUGUUCAGCAAAAUAAAGGCCACAGAAGGGGUGUUGGACAUCACCGAGCUCAUACAGGAAAGAAACCAUAUUCAUGCUCAGAAUGUGGAAAAUGUUUUACUCAGAAAUCAGGUAUUGUUACACAUCAGAGAUAUCACACAGAAGAGAAGCCAUUUUCAUGUUCAGAAUGUGGAAAAUGUUUUACUAAGAAAUCAGAUCUUGUAGUACAUCACAGAACUCACACAGGGGAGAAGCCAUUUUCAUGUCCAGAAUGUGGGAAAUGUUUUAUUACGAAAUCACAUCUUGUUAGGCAUCAAAGAACUCACAAAGGCAAGAAGCCAUUUUUAUGUACAGAAUGUGGAAAAGGUUUUACUAAGAAAUCAGAUCUUGUAAUACAUCACAGAACUCACACAAUAAAGAAGCCAUUUUCAUGUUCAGAAUGUGGAAAAUGUUUUAAUAAGAAAUCACAUCUUGUUGAACAUCACAGAACUCACACAGGAGAGAAGCCAUUUUUAUGUUCAGAAUGUGGGAAAUGUUUUACUCAGCAAUCACAUCUUUUUAGGCAUCAAAGAACUCACACAGGAUGGAAGCCAUUUUCAUGUACAGAAUGUGAAAAAUGUUUUACUAAGAAAUCACAUCUUAUAGUACAUCAAAGAACUCACACAAGGAAGAAGCCCUUUUCAUGUUCAGAAUGUGGAAAAUGUUUUAAUAAGAAAUCACAUCUUGUUGAACAUCACAGAACUCACACAGGGGAGAAGCCAUUUUUAUGUUCAGAAUGUGGGAAAUGUUUUACUCAGCAACCACAUCUUGUUAGGCAUCAAAGAACUCACACAGGAGGGAAGCCAUUUUCAUGUACAGAAUGUGGAAAAUGUUUUACUAAGAAAUCACAUCUUGUAGUACAUCAAAGAACUCACACAAGGAAGAAGCCCUUUUCAUGUUCAGAAUGUGGAAAAUGUUUUACUAAGAAAUCAAAUCUUGUUGAACAUCACAGAACUCACACAGGGGAGAAGCCAUUUUCAUGUCCAGAAUGUGGGAAAUGUUUUGCUAAGAAAUCAGAUCUUGUUAGGCAUCAAAGAACUCACAAAGGAAGGAAACCAUAUUCAUGCUCAGAAUGUGGGAAAUGUUUUGCUAAGAAAUCACAUCUUGUUCAACAUCGAAGAAUUCACACAGGGGAGAAACCAUUUUCAUGUUUAGAAUGUGAGAAAUGUUUUACUGACAAAUCACAUCUUGUUAAACAUAAAAGAACUCACACAGGAGAGAAGCCAUUUUCAUGUUCAGAAUGUGGGAAAUGUUUUACUGACAAAUCAGAUCUUGUUAAACAUCAAAGAACUCACACAGGGGAGAAGCCAUUUCCAUGUUCAGAAUGUGGAAAAUGUUUUACUGGGAAAACAAAUCUUGUUCUACAUCAAAGAACUCACACAGGGGAGAAGCCGUUUUCAUGCUCUGAAUGUGGAAAAUAUUUUACUCAGCAAUCACAUCUUCUUAAGCAUCACAGAACUCACAAAGGAGAGAAGCCAUUUUCAUGUUCAGAAUGUGGAAAAUGUUUUACUGAGAAAUCAAUUCUUGUUCAACAUCAAAAAGCUCACACAGGGGAAAAGCCAUUUUCAUGUUCAGAAUGUGAAAAAUGGUUUACUGACAAAUCAAGUCUUGUUAAACAUAAGCGAACUCACACAGGGGAGAAACCAUAUUCAUGUUCAGUGUGUGGGAAAUGUUUUUCUGACAAAUCAAAUCUGGUUAAACAUGAAAGAACUCAUACAGGGGAGAAGCCAUUUUCAUGUUCAGAAUGUGGAACAUUUUUUAAUGACAUAUCAAGUUUUGUUAUACAUAUUAAAAUUCACACAGAGGAGAAGCCAUUUUUCUGUGCAGAGUGUGGGAAAGGUUUUAUUGUGAAAUCAAAUCUUGUUCAACAUCAAAGAACUCACACAGGGGUGAAGCCAUUUUCAUGUGCAGAAUGUGGGAAAUGUUUUACUCAGCAUUCACAUCUUGUUAAACAUCAAAGAACUCACACAGGAGAGAAGCCAUUUGCAUGCACAGAAUGUGGGAAAUGUUUUACUCAGCAAUCACAUCUUGUUAAGCAUCACAGAACUCACACAGGAGAGAAGCCAAUUCAGAGCAGUAAAUGAUGCAGAUAACACAUCUAUAUAUUCA